AUGGAAGGAUUAGUGGAUCCAGAAACAAUUUACAUGAAGCAGAACUGCAUUGGGGGCGGGAGUUUUGGACGUGUCUAUAAAGGUCUGGAUAAACGUGACGGUACUUCAGUCGCAAUCAAAAUCAUCGAUGUGGAAAACGCCGAAGAUGAAGUCGAAGAUAUCAUCCAAGAAAUUGCCAUCCUGUCCGAACUAAACUCUCCUUACGUGACCCGAUACCAUGGCUCAUUCCUGAAGGGGUCAAGCUUGUGGAUCGUCAUGGAGUUCUGCUCUGGAGGUAGUUGCUCCGAUUUAAUGCGUGCAGGAGGGUUAUCUGAGGAAUAUAUCUCCAUUAUCAUUAAGGAGCUUCUUCGAGGGCUAGACUACUUGCACAGCGACAAGAAAUUACAUCGUGAUAUCAAAGCUGCAAACAUUCUUUUAACCUCAAACGGUCAAGUAAAACUGGCCGAUUUUGGGGUCUCUAGCCAACUUUCGGCCACCAUGACCAAAAAGAAUACGUUUGUAGGUACUCCUUUUUGGAUGGCGCCGGAGGUCAUCAAACAGUCAGGCUAUGACUAUAAAGCCGACAUUUGGUCACUAGGGAUCACCGCAAUUGAAUUGGCAAAGGGGGAACCUCCAUACUCGGACAUUCAUCCUAUGAAGGUCCUAUUCCUGAUUCCUAAGAAUCCUCCUCCUACGUUGCAUGGCGACUACAGCAAAGCUUUCAAGAACUUUGUCGAGUUAUGUUUGCGCCGCGACCCUAGGGAAAGACCGUCCGCAAAGGAAUUGUUAGAACAUCCGUUCAUCAAAAAGGCCAGGAGGACAACCUAUCUAACGGAGUUGAUUGAACGACAAGAGCGUUGGUAUAUAGUUCAAGGAAAUAAAAAUACCGAGCCUGAGGAAGACAUUUUACCGGAGCCUUCGUUGUACCCUGCAAGGACUGAGGAAGAAGAUGAUCUUUGGGACUUUGGUACCGUUCGCCCUGCUGGACGAGCACCGGGGCUGAAGCCGAUGAAAGAAGCGGACAUAAACACGCGAGAUCAUGAAGCAGCCGAUUGGGACCUAAAAGAUGAGCCUCAGAAAGCACCAGGCCACAAUGUUCUACCAAGGACCGCUUACAUGAACGGUAUUCCAAGUACUGCAUCACAGAAAUCAUCACCUACAAAAAUUCCGUUACCACCGUCACCAAUGAAACAAACACCGGCCGAGGGCAUGCCGCAGACUCCCUCGCGUCUUCAAAAACCGCUCUCCCCACAAGCAAAGGAAAGCCCCAGUGACUAUGACAAAGCUUUACAACGAUCCCUGGUGCAGGAUUUGUCAUUCCUCCAACUUGAUAGUUCACCAAAUACCCCCACAUCCUCAAACAAUCGGAGUGCCAUCCCAACUGCACCUGUCUCUGGAAAGUCCCCCCAGCCUCUCUCCACAGUAAUGCCAACACAGCCAAUUCGAAAACCUGCAGACCAGAGUGCAAAAUCUUCCUUGGACUCACGUCCCCAACCUCAAUUGUUUUCCCAACCACACUCUUGCCCUCCACCAACACCCCAGCACAUAUCACCUGAGCCACAAUUGCAGCGACUCCAACAAGCACCAACACGUGAUUCGCACCCUCCUGCUCCCAAAUACAACUUUAAUCAGCUUCACCGCACUAUUGAUGCCAGUUUACAGAAUACGAAUGGAAUGCCAGCCUCGAAUGAGGUCACGGCUCUAAAUAGCGUUAUUCUGCCUGCUCUUAAAGCAUCUGUUCGUCGUCGUGCUCGUCGUCUAGAACUCUACGCGCGCAAUAUGGCUCCAAAGGAUGGUGAAAACAGAACAGAUACUUAUGAACUACAGUCCCGUCGAGAAUACGUCCACGAAAUGAUUGAAUCAAUGGUAAACGAUCUGAGCGCCGUGUUCUCCAGAAUCGAGCGUUGGGAUAAUGAAGCUCCAGUCGGGAUGGGUGCACAAGUAAACUCGUUCUUGGAAGGGUUCCUUGAAGAGAUACUGGUUCGGAUCGAGCCGGCUGAUGAAGAAUCAAGUCGCUCGAGGCCGUAA